GCAAAUUUGGGCUGCGUCGUCGGGCGGCCAUGUCCGUCGGAAAGGACUUUAUCGUGGCGGUAGUGUGCUUUGACCAUCGCAUUGGCCCUGAAAUCGAGUUCGUAUAUCCGCCACCAGAGGAGCACCAUGACGAUUCGUCCUGGCAAGACAUGAAGAUCAUCCUACCGCAUUUGGCUUUGCCAUCGCGUCACGAGGCGGCCGCUGAGAAGUCGACGUCGACAUCUUUCUUCUUUCACGUGCCUCCGCCCAAAGGCCACAAUGAGAUCGCAUGGAAAGGCGUGGCAUACUACGAUGUCAUUCACCCUCAGGCCACGCAAGCUCUUGAUGUCGACACUUUAGCCAAGUACUCCCGUGGUGCCAUCCAGAAAUCGGUCGUCGUGUUGUCCAAGACGCCGUACCAAGCGUACGUCAUGGUGAAGCUUGACUCGAUGGCUCGGCAAUUCUUUUCUCAGGUAUCGUUUGGGGACUUUGGUCUUGUCGUGGAGCUCCACGACGCGCUGUGUUCCGUGGACAUGGAAUCGUUGUCGUGGCCGCAGCUACACAUUGGUUUGCCGCUGCAGACUCUUGUACGCGCAAUGGAUGUUCACUUGAUCGGUCUCCUUCGCCUAUUGCUGGUGGAAGGUCGGAUAGUGAUGUACUCGCAGUCGCCGCAGGUCGUGUCGAGCUCCGUCCUAGCUUUUGUUUCGCUCUUGCCUGGUGGAAUUCAACCCACGUACGCGAUUCCCCAUGCCCACCGCUACCGAUGGGCAAAGUAUGGCUUUCCCUUGGCGCUUGUUCACCCAACCUUUGCAGUCGAGCCGUACCUAGUCUCGCCGUGCGCUGCAUCAAUGCUGCAGCAACCAGCGAAUCAAGGCGGGUUUCUCGUCGGGUCAUGUGACCCCAUCUGCCUGAAAUUCCAUUCGACCUUGGACGCUGUCGUCGAUUUGGACGCCCAGUCGGUGCAUUUUCACUCGGCCCGAGCGGCCGCUGCAGCAACGCUUGGUCCGUCAUCGGUCGAUUGUUUGAACAACAUCUUGAGCCACGCCACCGAUGCGCUGGAAGAAGAGUCGGGGGUUGGCACCAUCGAUUGGAUCGGGUCGGACGACUGGAUCAGACAACAAGUUCAGCUGUACAUGGAAAAAUUCGUGACGGACGUCGCCACCGAGGGCAACGUGCCGCGACGGAGGUCGUCGUUGUGGGCCUUGAUGUCGUCGCCAGCCGAGUCCCGCCUAUCGAUGGAGUACAAUGACACGUGGCUUCAGCUCUGGUAUGGCACGGUCAACUACAGUCAGUGGCUCAAGAGCCAUCGACUGUACAACGACACACAGAGGCAGUCGCCACCCGUGCCAGUCGCUGGCCAUGUUGCCUACACGUAUCCAAAUGGCGACACGUACGAUGGCGAGUUUCGAAACCAGAUGCGCCACGGCCGUGGCAAGUACGUUGUGGCCAACACAAGUCACACGUACGAAGGGCAGUGGGAGGCAGACCAGCGGCAUGGCCAUGGCACGUUAAAGUCGAUGCACGGCACCUACGAUGGCACGUGGAGUCAAAAUGAAAAGUGCGGGUAUGGCGAGUUCUCGAACGCUGUCGUCACGUACAAGGGAAUGUGGCGCCACAACGUGUACCAUGGCAGCGGCGUGUUGGUGCAGCCUGGAUUGGACUACGACGGCGAGUUUGUCCGCGGCCAAUUUGAUGGGAUGGGCAAGUGCACGUUCAAGAAGCAUGCGGAGUGGACGCGAUAUCGUGGCGAGUGGCGGCGCGGUGUGUUUCACGGGUGCGGCACCCUCGAGUACGGCAAUGGUGACGUGUACGUUGGCGAGUUCGACAACGGCAAGCGAUCAGGACAAGGCACAGUCACGUCAAAUGCCGGCGACGUGUACACAGGAGAGUGGAAAAGCGACAUGCAGGACGGCCACGGCAGCAACUACUCCCACAUCUCGAAAGAAACGAAAGAAGGUCGGUGGGUACGAAACCGAGUCGUGGAAGGCAAACACGAGCAGUGGAUCAUCUUGUACCCAAACAAGGACAAGUAUAUCGGGAUGUGCCAGGGCGGCCGGCCGUGGGGCCAAGGCAUCUGCCGCUACGCGAACGGGUCUGUGUACACGGGGGAGUGGAUCGAUGGCCUCCGUGAAGGUCUUGGCAUCUUCUGCGAUCCCAACGGACGCACGUUUGAAGGCGAGUGGAGGAAUAGCCAGCCGUGGAAGGAACAGUCCGUCACGCCGUACGUCGACGUAUCCCUGGCGGACAACACCAGCGUCGUCGUCGAUAACGAACCAGUCGACCAUGAAGCAACUAGUCCACCCGGCGAUGGCGUUUACAUGUUUGUGUAUGCGAACGGAGACACGUACCACGGGCGAUUUCGGCACGGACAGCGCCACGGCACGGGAAUAUACACGAGCAAGUUGACUCGACACGUGUACGACGGCGAAUGGGACAUGGACCAGCGCCAUGGCAAAGGGAUUUUAACAAGCGGCACCAACGAUUUCAUCUACGAUGGCGACUGGCGGCGUGACACGAGGACGGGAAAAGGCACGUGUGUCAUUCGCGGCGCCGAAACGUACACAGGGGAUUGGAACGAGAACCGGUUCGACGGCACGGGCGUGUACACGGAUGCCGACGGGAGCGUCUACGAAGGCGAGUUUCGCCGCGGGUUGAAGCACGGCAUGGGCAAGUUGACCAACCCGAGUGACGUGUACCAAGGCGAGUUUCAAAACGGCGAGCGGUCGGGAGUCGGCACGUGCACGUAUGCCAGUGGAGACGUGUACACGGGCGAUUGGAAAGCGAACCAGCGACACGGCGACGGCAUCAUGUUGUACAAGAGCGGCGAACGGUACGCCGGGCAAUGGCGCAACAACGUUCGCGAAGGAUGCGGUUGCCUCACAGACGCCAGAGGCACGACGAAAGACGGCGUGUGGAGCGGGGACGCCCCGAUGAACGGCGACUGGCACAUUACGUUCGCCACGGGCAGCGCGUACAACGGCCAAUGCGUCCAGGGCAAACCGCAUGGAACGGGUGUGUGCAAGUACACGAAUGGGGACGUGUACAGUGGCGAGUGGGUGCAUGGGGCUCGCAGUGGUUGGGGCGUGUGUGUGUUUGCGAACGGCGACGUGUUUGAAGGCGAGUGGACGAGCAAUCAUGUGUCCCUGAACGGCAAGGGCACGUUGACGAUGGCGAACGGCACCGUGCACGCGUACGCGCAGUGAUGGACAAGUCAUGGCGGCAAAAUCGGAGUCCCGACGUCCGUGUUAAAUAGAGCAGUGCUCGUGCGAUGGGUCCAGAACAGUCGCACGCAACGUCGCUACUUUUUCUUGGCUUUGAGAGCCGCCUCGGCCGACUGAAUUUUGAGCACCAGCCACUCCUUCUCGAUUUUCUUGUGCUCGUUGAUCAAGUCGUCGUGUUUUUCUACGAAAAGCGUCGAUCGACGUGUAACAAAGUGACGACUCUGCUGGUCAACGGCACCUUGCAGCAGCGCGAGUUUCAUCUUGGUCUCGACCAGUUCCGUUUGAAAAAAUUCGUUUUCCUUUUUGAGCUGGCCGACUUCAUCGGUUCCUGUCGACGUCGACAGCUGGGCAUCGAGGGCGGCCACCUUGGCUUCUAACUCGCGGUUGACAACUUUGAGCGUCUCCAGCUCCAAUUCGCACGACGUGAGCUACAACGUCGACCGUCGAGACCCCAUCUUACAUCCCGCAACGAUAUCCACG